GGGCCGGCGGGAGAGGGCGUGGUGCGGGGCGCGCGAGCCGGGGUCUCGUGCGCGCCUCGCAGUUCAUGCGGCGUGCUGUGACGAUUGGGGCGGCUGUUUGGCGUAUGGCACUGGCGAUUUGGAGAGCGCCUGAUAUCGCCGCUGCUUAGGAACACAAAUAGGUCCGGCCUCACCUGACCGCCAUGGCGGACGCGGUGUACCCGGGCAGUCUGUUCUUUUCCGGACUGGCGGCGUGGGCCGGCAUGCCAGUGGAUCAGGUGAACUUCCUACUGGGCCAGCUGGCCGGCCUGCUGGCCGCCUGCCUGUUCCGUCUGAGGCUGCCGCCCGGCCGAGUGGGCGCCACGGCGCGCCACCUGGCGGCUGCCGGCAUCGGGCUGGCUGUGCUGCUCCUCUGCUACGGCCGGGACACCAAGCACGUGAUCGCGCAGGCGGCGCUCAACUACGGCGUCAUCCGCCUGGCCCCGGCCCACUCCGUCCACAGGUUGUGUUUGCUGGCGGCUAUGGCGUACCUCACUGUGAUCCACUACUGGCGGCUGGGCAGGCCGCAACAGUACAUAGACAUCUCAGGGCCUGUGAUGGUGCUGACCAUGAAGACAACCCUCCUGGCGUUCAACCUACACGACGCCAGCAGGGCCGCCUCGGGCGAUGUGGAGCUGAAGCCGAUGCUGCGAAGCAUAGCCGUCAGCAAAGCUCCGUCCCUGGUCGAGUUUGCGGGGUACGCGUUCAACUUCCAGACCGUACUCGUGGGACCAAUGAUAGACUUCUCUCACUACCGCCACUUCAUCGAGGUUGGACUCUCACCGACGCCGCUCUCAGACAAGGCUAGCUCGGACGACAACGACAACCUGGUGUCGCCGUCGCCUACGCCGGCCGUCCUGCGCAAGAUGGUGCUGGCCAUGAUCACCUCGGCCUGCGUGGUGUUCCUGGUGCCGCUGGUGCCGCACUCAUUCUUCAAAGAGGAGGCCUACCACGCCUGGUCGUGGCGCCGCCAGUGGGGCUACAUGUACCUGUCGGGCAUGAUGGCGCGCAUGAAGUACUACGCCGCCUGGACCCUGGCCGAGGCCGUCUGCAACGCCUCGGGGCUCGGCUACAGCGGCCGGCGUGACGACGGAAGCCAACGCUGGGGGGCCGCCGCCAACGUCAACGUCUGGAAGGUCGAGUUCGGCUCCAGCUUCCGGGAGGUGCUGGAGGGCUGGAACGUGGGCACGGGUCGGUGGCUGCGCCUGGUGGCCUACGAGCGAGCCAGCCGACACCGCACGGCCGCCGUCUACGCCCUGAGCGCUCUCUGGCACGGCCUCGACCCCUGCUACUACGCCACGUUUGCCGUCGGCGCCCUUUGCACACAGGCCGGACGUGAGGGCCGGCGCUGUCUGCGGCCGCGCUUCCAGCGCUGGAGGGCCGGCCGGCUGCUGUACCACCUGGCCGGCUGGGUGGCCACGCGCGCCUGCCCUCGCCUACCUCAGAUACCGUUCGUGUUGCUUGACAUGCGCACCUCGCUGCGCGUCUCUGCACCAAAGCGACGCUCGAAAAACGGCCGCGUAAACCGGGAGAACGGCCGCCUGGCCAGUGACGUCAUGGCCGCCGGCCUGCGCCACCGGACCUCGAACGGCACGGGUCCAGGACCGAUGGUGAGCGAGCUGGCGUUGGCGGGCGCCGGCGCCGGGCUCCGAGUGUCGUGA